UUCGUAUGCCUGUUUAAACAUAAGCGAUUUUCCCACGACAUCCUCGGCGCACGGUGUUUAUAAUCUACGUGUGCUUAGAACGAUGUCAUUUAUCAAGCGGCAUUCCGUCACACACUAUCACCCGUAGUCAUCGGGACAAGAGCACGCUAGCGCCACCAAUAGGCAUCAUCCUGAAUUAAGAACUUGUAGGAUUAAGAAAGCUGAACGUCACGAUAAGACAUGACGCCAGAAGAAGCCAUGGAAACAUUAGCAAGUGACAAAAGAAGUAAUAAGCCAAUGAUGGAGAAGAGACGUAGGGCACGAAUCAACGCCAGUCUAGCGGAACUAAAGGCACUUCUUAUCGAUUUCAUGAAAACAGAGGGGAGCCGUCAUUCGAAGAUGGAGAAGGCCGACAUCCUAGAGAUGACUGUACGACAUCUGCGUCAGCUGCAAAGGCAGCAAUAUUCCGGGAGCACAGAGCCUACACAAAUGGCCAAAUUUCACGCUGGCUACAACGAAUGUGCCAGCCAGUUGUCCAACGUUCUCUCCAACACAGGGAAUGGGGUCGACCUCGAACUAAGAACAAGACUUUUAACACAUUUAGCGAACACUAUCCAUGUUCAGAACUCAAGCUCUCACGAUGGUGACGUCCACUCGUCCAGUCCUCACCCUACCAUGCCACAUGUAAUGGAUCAUAUGAGCACUGUAAUGACAUCGCAGUCGUCACCUCCAUUAUCUGAACCACAUAUGAAGAUGAUCAAACUUGAUGAUGUUUCAAGUUCGCAAUAUCUCAGUCAAAGCCUGGAGGCAUCCAAUCCACAAAAGGAAACAGAUUCUUUAUUAAAGCAUAAAUAUCCUUCCAGGCGAGAACAACAUAAUGAACCAAAUGCGAGGUUCAAUGAACAAACCGUUCAGAAUAGCACCCUGGGUUACGUCCCAACGUUGGGUCCGUUACCAGCGCCACGUUUAUCCACACCUACACACCCAUUAGCCAUACAGACAAUGCCACAAGGAGUGCAAAUUAUGACCCCAGCUCAGAAUGGAAACUUGGCAAUUGUAAUUCCAAGCAAUUUUCUAAAUGGUACUAAUUGUCUCAGCAUACCCUUAUAUGCAACAUUUGCUAAUAGCGGCCCUAUUCAACACAGUAGCCCGAAACGGGCUGAUACCAUCGAGUUUGCUCCAAUGGACACUCAAGCAUCUAUCAGUGUACGAGAAAAUAAACUUGACGGUGGGAUCACUGUUAAAAAUAACACUGAUACAUCUGAUCAUAAUCAGCGAUUCCCUGCUCCUGCUGAUGUUGCGGGUAAAGCGUCUUAUGACAGCGACAUGUGGAGACCUUGGUAGGAUAACAGUGACAUAUAUAAUAUACUCAACCGCUGCUGACAGUUGCACUGCUGAAUUUAGAUAAUUAACUGGUAACUUUUUAAAUGUUCAACAACAUGUUCGAUUCGUUAUUUGAGUUUAACAUAGUAGCAAUACACAUAUUGCCCAUACUCUGUUUAUCAAAAAGAAAUGAUCGCGAUCCUAAGCAUCAAUU